AUGGAAGAUUUACGUAAUCGUGUUCAGUUCUGUUGGUGCUGGAUCAAAGAAUGUGCCAGAGAUCUUUGGUCUUGGUUGACUUGGUUUACGAUGAGUUUGUUAGAUUUGUGUGGUAUAACAUCAGCCUUUAGCGAAUCUGAAGCUGCUGGAAAGAACUGUGAUAUCGAGCGUGGUACUGCUACUGCUGGAUUGUUCGUUGAAUUGAGGCCAGGCCAUUUAACACGAAUGAGUGAUAAUAACAAAAAGAUAGCUAGUGGUGCUGGAACCGGAACACAGGUCCAUAAGGUAAUAAUGGUUGGUACCGGUGGUGUCGGGAAAUCAGCACUGACUUUGCAAUUCAUGUACGAUGAGUUCGUAGAAGAAUAUGAACCAACAAAAGCAGAUUCAUAUCGAAAGAAAGUUGUAUUGGAUGGUGAGGAAUGCUUAAUCGACAUUCUCGACACCGCUGGUCAAGAAGAUUACUCUGCAAUCAGAGAUAAUUAUUACCGAAGUGGUGAAGGAUUUAUUUGCGUCUUUUCGAUAACUGAUACUGAAUCUUUCGAAGCAACAAACGAAUUCAGGGAGCAAAUAUUACGCGUUAAAAAUUCUGCCACAGAUUCAUCAGUUCCAAUAAUGUUGGUUGGAAAUAAAUCGGAUUUGACAAAUGAACGCUCAAUAAUGCAAUUACACGCACAACAAAGAGCGGAGCAGUGGAAUGUGCCGUACAUUGAAACUUCUGCCAAAAAUAGGAUUAAUGUUGAUAAAGUAUUUUACGACUUGAUGCGCGAAAUAAAGCGGAGAAAAGGUGGUACACUGAAAGGACAUACUCCCGGUGGUGAUUCUAUGCCUGGUAACAAAUUUCGUAAGAAAAAGCGAUGUGAUAUAUUAUGA